AUGGCAGUUGUUGUGAUUAUUGUAUUUGAAAGAAGAAAGAAGAGAACCAACAAAUCAUUAGAAAUUGAUCUACCACCACGGUGCAUCCCCCCAAGGAUUUCAUACUAUGAUUUGCAACGCAUGACACAUGGUUUAAGUGAUAGCAACUUGCUUGGGAAAGGCAGCUUUAGUUCUGUUUACAAAGGAAUAUUGUCAAGUGGGACUUCUUGUGCUAUUAAGGUGUUUGACAUGGAAAUACAAGGUGGACUCAAGAGUUAUGAUGUAGAAUGUGAAGUAAUGCGUAACCUACGACAUCGGAACUUUGCCCGAGUAAUCAAUAGUUGCUCAAAUUUAGACUUCAAGGCUUUGGUGUUCGAUUACAUGCCUAAUGGAAGUCUAGAUAAUUGGCUUCACUCAAAUGAAAAUUUCUUGGAUAUACGUCAAAGACUGGAUAUAAUGAUACAUGUGGCAUCAGCAUUGGAGUAUCUUCACCAUGAUUAUUUUGUACCAGUCGUUCAUUGUGAUUUGAAACCCAGCAAUAUUUUGCUAAAUGAAGAAAUGGUUGGUCAUGUAAGUGAUUUUGGGAUAGCCAAGUUCCUAGAUGAUGAGCAAAGCAUGGCACAUACGAAGACCUUGACUACAUUUGGGUAUAUUGCUCCAGAAUACGGAUCUCAAGGGCUGGUAUCAAUUCGGAGUGACGUUUACAGUUAUGGUGUUGUGUUAAUGGAGACAUUCACGAGGAUGAAACCAAGUGAUAACAUUUUCUCUGGGGAUUCAACCUUAAAGCGCUUGGUAGAGUCUUCACUACUACCAAAUGCAAUAGCUCAAGUCAUAGACUUGAAUUUAUUGCCUCAAGAUCAAAUUGAAAUAUCCACCAAGUAUGUAGAAUGUGUUACUUCUAUUAUGCUGUGA